AUGGAAGAAUGUUUAUCCGCGUACUCCGCCUCCCGCCGAACUCCGGAACAACUUUCCGCUUAUGACGACAGAAGUUGCCUUCUUCUUCUUCUCUUCUUCUUCUUCCUACUCUUCAUACGCCGUCGUUCUUUUGACAGCAUCAUCAUGGCGCCGUCAAGCGGGCACCAGCUUAUCCCAAAGGUCUGGCGAGUCGCCAGCCGGCAUUCGUUCGUCCGGCAGCUCGAACGCCCGCAAACCGGAUUGCGGCCCUCAGAUCGCAAACUCGCUCUUUCACGACUGGCCGCGCACCAGUCCGCGCCGCCGCCAGGGCCGCUCACCUCGGCGUUGCGUCCAAAUCUUACGGGAGGUGCGCUCUGUCGGACUGCUGGAGGCUAUGCCAUCGGCGCAGGCAGGAUUGGUGGUGCGAGAUAUUUCUCCAGCUCACCUACGUCCCCCGCUCAAGUCGUCCAGAACGUAUCCGUGGCAAUGCGCUCCUUCUGGCUCUCGGGUCAGAGAGCCCGGUUCGAUGGAAUAGACAAGCGCACAGGCGCUAAAAAGUACAAAGUUGUAACUGUGCUGCAGCAGGAGGCAGGCCGCAAGAUGGAUGCCAUCCCCGCCACCGCUUCCGGCUCCUACGUCGACUUCAAGGUGUCUCCAACCAUCACAGCCCUCGGAUGCUUCAAGUCGAUGCAGAAAGAAUCCUCGAUUGCAGCUGACGAGCAGGCAACUCUAAACUCCGCUGGCCUCUUGGAUCUCCUGUCCGGAGAUUUUGCCCGUGUGCUCAUGGAACUUGCCGCAGUUCUGAACGAUUUGAAGAAACUCGCCACUCUAGGCGAUCUUCCUAUAUCGUUACAAGACCAGUCGACCAUCCGUGUUCGAUUCCCCGGAUGUGACGCCGUGACGGUAGAGCAUCUCUGUAUUGAAGCCGGAGUGCAGCGAGGCGUGGUCGGCCAGGAUGAGGACUUUGAGAGCAGAAACGGAGCCGACAUGGCACUCCUUUUCCCUUUUGCUCCCAGCUAUCAGCACUCUGAAUCAGGGUCUAAUCUACAUGACAGCGCCCUGAUGCGAACACCAGAGUACGUCAACUGGCAGGAGAUGAUGUUCUCGAACGAGUCCAUCUCGCCCUUUGGCACGCCAGAAAAGGACUUCUCCCUCAUGAACUUGUCAGAGGAGAAUCCGUGGGCCCGCCAGCCUUCCGCGUUUUCCAGCGUGGGCAUCAGCGAGCUUGGAGACCGCGAGUUCUUCCCUGAUAUACGCUACCCGACCCCUACUGCAUCGGAAUACGGAGGCAUCGAGGGCGCUGCGGAAGACAUCUACUCUGCAUCUUCACCGUUAUCGAUAGUUAAAGUCACCCUCGUCCGCAAAGUGGGGUGGGUUCUUCGCUACUCCAAACCCCCCAUCCACCAACGCUCGCCUGAUCAGCUCGUCCUCGUUUCGCCAGAGGGCUUUGAGCAGCGCAGAGACCUUGAUUAUACCUCCUUCUGGAGAGAUUGGUUUAUAUCCUCCCGCGGCAAUGAAUACUUCUGCGAAAUAGACGAGGAGUACCUCACAGAUCGCUUCAACUUGACCGGCCUAAACACCGAAGUCCAGUACUAUCAGUAUGCCUUGGAUUUGGUGACGGAUCUCUUCGACCUGGAUGCAGAUGACGACCUACGGGAACAAAUCGAGAAAUCAGCUCGACACCUCUAUGGCUUAGUCCAUGCGAGAUACAUUGUCACCACGCGUGGAUUGGCAAAGAUGCUUGAAAAGUAUAAACGUGCAGACUUUGGCAAAUGCCCUCGAGUCAUGUGUGAUCAACACCCUCUUCUACCUAUGGGCCAAUCCGACCUUCCAGGCCUGAAACCCGUGAAGCUCUACUGCGCAAAAUGCGAAGACAUAUACAACCCCAAAUCAUCCCGCCACGCCGCCGUCGAUGGAGCCUAUUUCGGCUCGUCCUUCCACAACAUCCUCUUCCAGGUCUACCCUGAUCUAAUACCAGACAAAUCGCGAGAACGAUACGAACCCCGUGUUUUCGGAUUCAAGGUCCACGCUUGCGCAGCUCUUGCUCGAUGGCAAGAUCGAAAACAGGACGAACUGAUCGGCCGGCUGCACAUGUUAGAUAUGGAAAGCCCGUUUAUCGAAGAUAGGGAAACAGAGGAAGAGGAGGAGGAAGAGGAAGAGGAAGAAGACGAGGAGGACGAAGCGGGAGAUGCUGUGAUGAAGGAUGAGGGAGCUCGGGAACCGUUGCCCGUUCCUUCUUAA